GUCGUGGUUUUUUCACAGGGUUUUACUUUGAGAUUCAGACAGAAAACAUUAACACAAACACAUCAUACGCACAACAACAACAUACCCAACAACCUUAACCAAACUAUUUUCAAAAUGGUUUUUUUUAGGAGUUUGAGAUUUGAUCUUUGAACAACAAUCUGUGUUAAGAGGCUUCCAAAUUGAGCCUGGUAGGGUCGAGCAAGACUUGUGGCGUAGAAGUUAAUUUGAUCAUUCCUUAUUUUGGCAUGUUUUCCGUGAUAUGGUGGCGCAGAAGAGGAUAGGUUAUGGAUUUGUUGGCUGUCAGGUGCCAACGAAGCCGCGUGCCGCACGAUCAACUAGGAAAAGGGAUACAUUUCAAACAAGGGUGGAACACAAUCAAAUGUGCGCGAUUGACUUAUUGGCCACCGUAGCAUCUGGCACUCUAUUGCAAGAGAAACAGAAUCCAAUCACAUCUAGUGAUGAAACGAUGAAAAAAGAUCAGCGUGGAUUUGUUAAAGAAGAAGUCCAAGAUGGAAAUAAACCUUUCAAAGCUGAGCUUCCUGAUGAAGCAAGUUGUGAGAGAAGGCUUCAACAAGGAUUUGUUAAGGAAGGGUGUGUGGAUACAAAUAAGCCGUUAAAAGCCGAGCUUUCUGAUGACGGAAGUAGUGACAGGAAAUGUAUCUCUACUCUUUCUUUACAGGAGUAUGAUCUAAAUUCAGGUUUGAAAGAAAGUCCCCAUUCUGAAAUUGAAGGUUGUUCAUGCAUUGCUUCUAUAUUAACAAGUUCUAGUUUAUCGGAGAGGUUGGUUACCGACACUUUGUUGGAUGUAAAAAGCCACAGUGAAAUGAAAAAUAUUACUAGCAAAGUUGAAUUAGGAUCCUCUGGAUUUCCAGAUUGUAGUGAUUGCAACGUAGAUGUUGACGUAAGUAUAGUAAAGGACGAGCUCCGAAAAUCUGAAAUGCCAAUUGGUACUGAGACUGGAACGAGCUGUUUUAAGGAUCCAAUAGAUGAUAAACCUCCGGCGCUGGUCGUUUCAGGUGGAAAUGCUAAGUUGUCAGGGCGUGACGAUAGCAUACCUCGUAGCUCGUUGUUAAAAGGUUGUGACAAUGUAACAGUAGUUAGUAGAGAUGAUGACGAAAACAAAUCAGGGUGUGCUCACCCUAGUUCAAAAACUAAGGCCUUUAGGCCAAAGACUUGUAUAGGUGAUCAAAGAAUAAGGAAAAGGUUGGCUUCUAAAUAUCGGAGAGUUGCUCGAGAAUCAAAGCAUGAUACACUUUCUAACAAUGUUUUGGAUAGAAAUUUCAACACAGUUUACAACGGUAGGAAGAACAGUUAUAGUCACCAAAUAUCUCAAAUGAAUAUUCCUUUCAAAAAGAGGAAGAUUUUUGACUGCAGCUCCACUUCAAAUUCUAAUGGAAAUAUCAGAAGUGGCCGCACUUAUUAUUCAACUAAGAAUGACAUCAAUCAAGGCGUUUCUUGUUCAUCAUCUCGGAUGCGGAAAGAUCUUGGAAAGUCAUCCUUGGAAGCAUAUCAUCAUCGUUCUGCUUUACAAUCUAGAGAUUCUCAUGUGAAGCUUAGGAUCAAAUCAUUUAGAGUGCCAGAGCUUUUUAUUGAGAUUCCAGAAACUGCUACCGUCGCGUCCUUGAAGAAAGCAGUGAUGGAUGCAGUGACUACUCUACUUCGAGGGGGAUUGCGUGUUGGUAUGAUUCUCCAUGGAAAGAAACUUAGAGAUGACAGUAAAACUCUACUUCAGACGGGAAUUUCUCACGAUGACGAGCUUGAUGCUUUGGGAUUCACCUUGGAGCCUAAUGCUUCUCAAAGCCUACCAAUCACAUGUGUGAAAGAUUCUCUUAAUGUUCCCAGUGGAGACAUGCCUCUAUCUUUAAUAGGGCAUUCUUCGAGUCCAGCUGUAGUUUUUCCGAUUCAAAGGGUUCAAGGUUUCUCUAACACCGACCAUCAAGUAACGACUUUAGGUAACAUUGUUGAAAGUGAUAACGAUUCAGCACCUUCUCCUAUCAAUACGUUAGGUGGAAAAAAACUGUCAGAUUCCAAAGAACUUGUUACUAUUCCUGAAAUGGGAUCGGAGGGACUAGAUAUACUUCCAGUGAACCAGAGUCACCAGAAGCCAAAGCGAACUGAGAUCUCACAACGCCGACGAAUUCGUAGGCCGUUUUCUGUUGCUGAAGUGGAGGCACUGGUUGAAGCAGUCGAGAGACUCGGAACCGGAAGGUGGCGUGAUGUUAAACUCCGUGCAUUUGAUGAUGCAAAGCAUAGGACAUAUGUGGAUUUAAAGGAUAAAUGGAAAACAUUGGUCCACACAGCAAGAAUAUCUCCUCAACAGAGAAGAGGUGAGCCUGUCCCCCAAGAACUUUUGGAUAGGGUCCUUACUGCUCAUGCAUAUUGGUCCCAACAACAGCUCAAGCAUCACCCUGAAACAUGCCUUCUCCUUUAAUAUGUAGGAGGGGUGUUGAUAGCAAUGCACCAUGUGAUGUGACUUUUGUAGAUUGGUUUGGUGUUCAGGUUACUGACCUUUGGUUGCUUUUUCUGUAUCUAUGAUUGAUAUGUUUAUUUGGAUACAAUGUUUGUCGCUUUAUCUAUAUCAUGUAAAAAAAUUAUAGUACAAGGAAGAAAGUGAAGCAUAGGGGAGAGUAUAUGAAACAUUCUCUUUGCUAACACCAUGAUUCUUUCCCUUUGGGGAGAGCCUAUUUUCUUGUAAAUAAAUGGUUUAUAUGCAAUAAAGGAAGGGCUGGCUAAUAAAGUUUUCUUU